AUACCUCUCCCAUUUUCUUUUUCGGAUUCCACAAUGUUAUGUUUUCUUUGCAUGUGGUCUGAUGAGGGAGUUUCUUCUUUUUCUUUUUCCCAGAUUCUUGAAAUUUGGGUAGCUAAAAUUUUGACAAUUGCCCUUUUUUUAAUGAUUUGUUUCUCUUAUCUGGGUCUGUGUCAUUUAUUUUAGUCGUUUGUUUAAAUAUUUUCAAAGGUUGGUUUUUUCUGGUUUCAUUAUUUUGAUUUUUUAUAUGAUUUGUUGUACUUGAAUUAACCUAACCUCAUAAUCCAAUUUUUAAUUUUACUUAUUUUAUUUAUUUUAUUUUGAAGAUAGAUUAAAGAGGCAUGUUGCCUGUGGCUUCUCUUUAGGUACUGUUCCCUUUAUAGUCAAAGGCUCAAAAGCCUGUUUUUCUCCCUUUACUUCAAAGCUAAUCAUGAGGUUUAUGCCUAUCUGAUUAUCUCCUGAAAUUGUUGGAUAAUCCGUUGAUAAUCUUCAGGCCUUGCAAUAUAUGAUCAUAUCACUCUCCAAGGCUGAGUUCAUUCAGAGAAAUCAUGUCGUUAGUUAGACCUGCCGAGCUUUCUGCCACGCCCUACCAAAAUCAUAAGCCUUACUCGUUGAAUGGGAGCAAUGAGAACUCUGGCUUGUCCAACCAAAUAUUUGGCUCUGAUGAGCAAAAGACCAUGUAUAUGCAUGAUUCCUACUCUAGUGAGACUUGUGAGAAGUGCUAUAAUGACUCCCCAACAGAAGAACUGAUACAGCCAUCUAGCUCUAGUAUUUCUGGGAAUUCAUUUCACCUACAAGAUGUGCCUUCUUUCCAACCAAGAAGUGGUUCAGGAUCCUCCGUGACCUCUCAAGAUCUAUCCAACACAUCUGCAUCAGUGAGAUAUUGUGGUGCCUAUCAGUUCCCUUCUGAAUCAGAUUUCUUGGAAAUUCAAAGCCCAGAUACAGUGGACUUUGAAGCAGAUGAGAUGAGGUCAAAGCUUCAGGAACUUGAAAGAGCACUACUAGAUGAUAAUGGAGAUGAUGAUAUGUUUGGAAAUAGUCAAGGCAUGGAAAUCGGCGAAUUAUCUGAACCAAUCCAGAAUGUGACGCUCUAUGACUCACCAAAGGAGUCUUCGUCAUCAGAUUCUAACUUAAGUAGCAUUAGCAGUAACAAAGUGUCACAAUUAUCUCCUCUGGCUCCCAAAAGAUUGCUUUUGAACUGUGCUAAUGCAAUUGCAGAAGGAAAAUUUGGGGUAGCUGAUGCUUUAAUAAAUGAUCUCCGCCAGAUGGUUUCAAUUCAAGGAGAUCCUCCUCAGAGGAUUGCAGCCUACAUGGUAGAAGGUCUAGCAGCUCGUAUGGCUUCCUCUGGCAAAUAUCUCUAUAAAGCUCUGAAAUGCAAGGAGCCCCCAUCUUCUGAUAGGCUUGCAGCUAUGCAAAUCCUCUUUGAGGUUUGCCCUUGUUUCAAAUUUGGAUUUAUGUCAGCAAAUGGGGCCAUAAUUGAGGCAUUUGAAGGUGAAAAGAGAGUUCAUAUUAUAGAUUUCGACAUAAACCAAGGGAACCAGUACAUAACACUGAUACAAACACUUGCCAAUCAGCCAGGUAGGCCACCAUACUUGAGGUUAACUGGGGUUGAUUAUCCUGAGUCAGUACAACGUCCUAUUGGCGGCCUGAAAAUCAUUGGUCAAAGGCUUGAGAAGCUAGCUGAAGCAUUUAAGGUGCCAUUUGAAUUUCAUGCAGUUGCAUCUAAGAUUUCACUUGUUAGUCCAUCAAUGUUGAACUGCAAGCCUGGAGAGGCCCUUGUAGUUAAUUUUGCUUUCCAACUCCACCACAUGCCUGAUGAGAGUGUAUCAACAGUAAAUGAGAGAGACCAGCUUCUUCGAAUGGUGAAGAGCCUAAAUCCAAAGCUUGUUACUGUAGUUGAACAAGAUGUGAACACAAAUACUGCCCCCUUUUUUCCAAGAUUUGUCGAAGCUUACAAUUACUACUCUGCAGUGUUCGACUCUCUUGAUGCAACCCUCCAAAGGGAAAGUCAGGAUAGGAUGAAUGUCGAAAAGCAGUGCCUAGCACGGGACAUAGUAAACAUAGUAGCAUGCGAGGGAGAUGAAAGGAUUGAACGAUAUGAAGUUGCAGGCAAAUGGAGAGCGAGAAUGAUGAUGGCUGGCUUCACUUCAUGUUCAAUAAGUCCUAACGUGGUGGAAACAAUUCGGAAGCUCAUAAAGCAGUACUGUGAUAGAUACACGCUGAAGGAAGAAAUGGGUGCAUUGCUUUUCGGGUGGGAAGACAAAAGCUUGAUUGUUUGUUCAGCAUGGAGGUGAGGAGAAACAUAUGGUUACAGCAGCAGCAUUUAGCAGAACUCCAACUUUUGUUUAAUCUGUGUACUUGUGUUUUUUUGCGGGAUCAAGAUGCAUGCUAAUGUAUGUUGUUAUUAGACAAAAGUAAACACUUCCUAGUAUUGUGCAAAUUAAGCCUGAUAGAUUACUUAACAUUAUCAA